AUGCAGUUGCUUGUCGCCAGUUUAGCUUUAGUUUGGAUUUGCGCAUUCAGCUUGGUCGAGGCAGGUCGUCAGCGAUAUGCAGUACUCGCAGCUGGUGACGAACCCAUGCUUCAGGGCACUUGGUCUUCCGGUUCCGGCAGAGUCGUCACAGGCGCAGGCUUCUUCAACCCUCGAACAAGGUCUUUCACUCCGCCAGCAGUGCCCGGUCAAGCUUACAGUUUCACCCGUGAUGGUUACUGGGAGUUUGCCAAGUACCGUGUGACACCAAAUCCAAGGAAACCCGAAUGCAUCCAAAGCCAGCUGAUCUGGCAACACGGCAGCUACGCUCUUCAUACCAACGGUACUCUCCAUCUCUGGCCUAUCCCCCGUGAAGGCGCUCAGCUUCUCACCUCGAGUUGUCCAGGAGGCAGUCCACCAGAGGAGAUGUACGACGUAUCUGAAGAGUACACCAUGGUCGACACCUGGUCCGAUCUUCACCACGGCGUCAACUCGCAAGCUUUGCGUUUGACCGACGCCUGGGGUAACAGGUCGCCAAGCUUGUACAAGAUCUACGAUCCUCCCAUGAUGCUUCCCACUGACAACCUUUACCUCGAGUACAUUGGCAUUCCCUAA